UACUUACGAUUGCCACUGUAGCCCUGCCUCCUUGGCUGAGUUCAUCAAUCUUGAUGAUCUUAGACAAUACAGUGCUUCCUCCUAAGAAAGUAGUGGGAGGCUAGUGUGCAUGGCAUGCACCAAUCAGCAUCUCCUCAUAAAGAUGUAAUGGAAUCCUAGAGGUAGUCUCGCUAGUGGCCGUAAGAAAGACAACCAAUUGAAGUGGCGUUAAGCUUGAAAAACCAGAAACACUUCUUUAAAGGGUUACGCCAACCCUUUAUUUUUUAGGGGGAUGUGGGGCUAUUAACUAGGUUCUCACUCCCAUAUUUUACAGUAAACCUGCAAAAGUGUAUUUUACUUACCUGGAAUACAGUCUGGCGAAGCUCCCUUCUGGUGCUGCCUUCCACACCUCCACCCAGCAUCAGCGAGCUCCUCACAGAAGACUCUGAUUGAAACAAUUUGCACACUCUUUUGACAUCCGGCUUCAGAAAUUUCAGUUUUAAGAGCAUCAGGUGACCGCUUUCAGCCAAUCAGCAGCACUUUGCGCUUCCUGAAACUGGAAUUGCAGAAGUUUGAAUCCGCCUUGGGGGGGGAGUUAAGAUCUGCACUGGAGGCAAUGAAUGUGCCAGAGGGCCUGCUGGCAUUAUAACAACUUCAUUUAGAUUAAAUUGCUAUGGUGCCUGGAGUGUUCCUUUAACGAAGGAGAAAGACAGAGAGACAAACGUUUUCUCUUGCAGGCCCUGCUUGAAAAGAAGAAGCUCAAUACAUCUGUUGCCAGAUGCUGAAAAGCUGCACAUACAGACUCCUAUCACCAUGACCACUUCUAAAAGCAGACGUGGUCAUGGUGAUUGGAGUAACCCCUUCCUGCUUCACACAUAGGAGUGAAUUAACCUUUUUAUUUCUCUCACAUCAAUAAAUCAGUCUUACAAAAAUCUAAAUUUCUUUGUUAAAACUCACGUAGGAAGAUGAAUAAUAUGAAAAACAUUCUACACCCAACUCAAUGUCUGAAUGAACCUGCAUUGGAUUUUACUAAAAACACAACGAGAGCUUAAAAUAAACUUAACUUCUGUUGUGACAUUCCUUUCCAGUCAAGGAGAUCUGGAGAAAUAAAAGAAUAUUUUGCACAUUUUCACCUGAAGGCACCCAGUUUAUUCUCGGCAGACUCUGUGUUCUAAUCGAUCAGCAGACAGAACGCUUUCCUAUUGCUUUGAAUCUGCCGCCUUCUGCUUCCUGUAGCAAUCUGUACCUUGUGACCUCCCCGGUCACGUGACCGUGGUGACGUCACGGGGCCUUUUGCUGGAUGGGGACUAGCUGCUACACUCCUGACCGCUCCUGACACCGUGGACAACUCCUUAGACAGGGCUAAUUCUCCUCCACUACCUCCUCAAAGAUAAUAUAGGUAUGUUGGAGUUGGAGGACAAGGAUUCUGCCGGCCACGUACAGCAGGAGUUUCACCAGGCAAGAAUGCAGUGAGAAACUGUGAUGUGGGGGUGGCGAGAGGGAAAUACGCGAAUGGGGAGAAUGGGCUGAAACGAGGGACCAUUUGUGAGGGUGUGGGGUGGAAGGGUGGACGUGGGGAGCCGUCAUGGGAUGGAAGCAGCGGCAAGAGGGAGGGGAGGGGCUAGUGCAGGGCGGCGUGGGAUGGAAAGAAAGGUCGGGGGGGAGAGGUAGAAGGAAAGGACAUUGGGGAGGACCAGGGGUGGUAAUGAGAUGCAAGGAUUGAGCAGUGAGGGCAUUUGGUGGAAGUGGGAGAGCAGCGGUACAAAGAAGUGCCAGUGGGAAGUGGCAAAAUGUAAUGAAAUGUCAGUCCGGGGGUUACUGGGUUGAAUGAACGGUCUGCAAGGGGGGGAGCAUGGGGUAGAAGGGAAGUCCUGUUUGGGUGGAUGGAUGGCCCCGUUUUAGAAGUGGGGAGGCACUUGCACAUGGAAUGCGACAAGGGGCAUGAGUUAGGUUAAAGGGUAAGAGAGAAGGGUGAGAAUGGGAUAGGAGGGACCAGUUUGAGGGCAAUCUGGGCAUGGGAUUGAUGGAGGGACCUGUGGUUGAACAUGGGCCUACAAAUAAACAUGCAGAUUAACAAGGGGUAUUUCGUUAUCUAGCUUUCUAGCAUAAAUAUGUAAUGCCAUUUACUUUCCAGCUCAGCAAUUUUGGCCUCCAAUGUUCAAUUACUAAACAAUUCUGCUAAUCAGCAGUAGUAGGAUUUAUUAACUAUAUAUAUAUAUAUAUAUAUAUAUAUAUAUAUAUAUAUAUGAUUUUCAUUUAUUUUAACAAGAAGUGGGCCCAAGACCUAAGUUUGCCUGGAGUCCCAGAUUGCAGUGAGUUUGUGACUGGAAGGGGGGCUGUUUUCAUAAUUCAGUGUUAAUUCAGAACCACUAUAGGCACCCAGACCACUUCAGCUCAAUGAAGUGGUCUGGGUGCCAGGUCCAUCUAGGGUUAACCCUGCAUCUGUAAACAAAGCAGUUUCAGAGAAACUGCUAUGUUUACAAUAGGGUUAAUCCAUCCUCUAGUGGCUGUCUCAUUGAGAGGCGCUUCCGUGCUUCAGACUGUGAAAAUCACAGUGAGAAGACGUUCAUUGCUUUCCUAUGGACUUAUUGAAUGCGUGUGCGGCUCUUGCUGCGCAUGCACAUAUGGCGCUGACGUUGGAAGAGGGAGGAGAGUUCCCCGGUGCUGAAGAAAGGUAAGUGUUUAACCCCUUCAACCCGGCGAGAGUGGGAACCUGAGGGUGGGGGGGCCUAAAGACCCUAUAAUGCCAGGAAAACGAGUUUUUGUUUUCCUGCCACUAUAGUGCUCCUUUAAGGUCCACUCCAAACCCUUAAAUGGACACUAGGCACCCAGACCACUUCAGCUUACUGAUGUAGACUGGGUGCAAUGUCCCUGUCACCCUUAGUCCUACAAUGUAAAACAUUGCAGUUUUUGAAAAAUUGCAAUGUUUACAUUGCAUUACUAAGACAAGCUGUAGUGGCUACCAGUGCAACCUCUAGUCUACCAGACAGCUGCUAGAGGUGCUCACCAGAGUUUAUAAGCCCAUCAAUUAGCUGAAGUGGUCUGGGUGCCUACAGUGUCACUUUAACCCCUUAAGGACACAUGACUUGUGACAUGUCAUGAUUCCUUUUUAUUCCAGAAGUUUGGUCCUUAAGGGGUUAAAUAAAUGUUUUAUUUAAAGGGACACUAUAGUUACCAGAGCAACUCUAACUUAAUGUAUUUUUUUUUCUGGUGAGUAUAACCAUUCCCUUAAGGCAUUUUUAGAGAAAAGUUAUUGUUUACAUUGCCCCUUAGGCUACUGGAGGUGCUUCCACUGUGUAGCACUGCUGUUAAGCUGAAUGUUUCUCAUAGACAAGCAUUGAUUCAAUGCAUCUCUAUGAGGGAUUGCUGAUUGGCCAAGGCAGUGUUUGGCCCCGCCUCCUUGCUGUUUUCAGCCAAUCCAAUAUUUUCCCAUAAAUUCUGAUGUCAGAAAGGAGUCGGAUUAGGGGCAUGGCCACCGCGGGCAGAAAUAAGGUGACUUGUUUUUUCCUCCUUUUAAGGGGGGGGGGCAAUCCACCUAAUUGGUGGUAUUAACACUAUAUGGUCAGGAAUACAUGUUUGUAACACCUUAUAGUGUUCCUUUAACUCUUUUUGUGCUGGCGGGAGGACCAGUGGGCACUUUAAUGUUAGGAAUACAGAUUUGUGUUCCUAACACUAUAGCAUCUCUUUAAAGCACUUCAACUUGCUAAAGUACUUUAUGGGUGAGGAGUAUUCCAUUUGAAAGACACAUUAUAAAGUGCCAAUUUCUAUGAGAAAUGUUAUCAUUAAAUAAUUGAAAUUCACCCUCUUCUUUGCAGUCUUGACACUCCUUGAGGUGAGUCAGAGUGUAUACUGGAAAUACUGGCAUAUGUUCUCUAACUCAUUAAUAAUGAUCAAGACUACAAUGGAGUAUUUGCUAUGGUCUGCAUCUGCUGGAUGACCCUGUUAGUCCCCCAACCUCACUGUAGCAGCCCUGCUGCUUGACGACCCGCCUGUUGUGUACCACACAGCUGUCGAUUCCCUUUGCUCAGGCUCCAGUUCAUGGACAGAGAAACGAUGACAAUGUUAUUGCAGUACAACUUUUAAGUCUCAACCUGGAUGUUACUUAGCCAAACUACCAGCCUGAGACACAGGAGAUGCAAUAUGUUGCAUAGGGGCAGGGACACUAAUUAAGUGUAAUACAGGUACACUAAUUGGGCUGGGUUAGGGGCAGAUAAACUAGUGGAGCGGGGGGUUUCUAGGGGCAGGUACACUGUUAUGGAUGUGUACAGAGUCACUAGUGGAAUGGAUAGGGAAGACACAGUAGUUUGGGUUUUGGAGGCAGAGACGAACUGGGGCACACUACACACAUCAAGUGCACAACAAAUACCUGAUACACACCACACAUAUUACAACAAACCUGCACACGCAUUCCACAUAAAAUGUACCCACGUUAUCCACUAUGAGUGGAACAGAAGUUGAACCACAAAGUAAAUCUGAAAGGAAUACUAUAGGGUUAGGAGCUUCCCCAUAGGAUUGGCUGAGACUGUCAAGGAGGCAGAUCAGGUGCAGAGCAAGGGCAAGUCAAAAGCAUCUCUUUGAGGAAAGUUCACUGUCUGCAUGCAGAGGGUGGAGACACUGAAUGGCAGUACUGCACAGUGUGCAGCACUGCCUCAGGAAGCACUUCUAGUAGCAAUCUGAGGUCAGUGGAGUUAUUACUAGGCUGUAAUGUAAACACUGCAUUUUUUCUGAAAAGACAGUGUUUACUGCAAAAAGCCUCGAGGGAAUGAUACUACACACCUGAACAAAUAGAAUAAACUGUAGUUGUUCUGGUGACUAUAGUGUCCAUUAAAGGAGCACUAUAGUGUCAGGAAAACAAACUAGUUUUCCUGGCACUAUAGGGUCAUUAGGUCACCCCCACCCUCAGGGCCCCCUCCUGCCCCUUACCUUUCUCCAGCGCCGGGCUCCCUCUGUGCUGGGCAACUCUCCACCCCCUGCUGACAUCAGAUCCAAAUGCGCAUGCGCGGCAAGAGCUCAAUUCUCUCCUAUGAAUGUCCUAUGGAUUUUUACAGUGAGAAUCGUGGAAGAGCCUCUAGUGGCUGUCAGUGAGACAGCCACUAUAGGCUGGAUUAACCCUCAGUGAAACAUAGCAGCUGCAGGAUUAAAACUAGAGGGACCUGGCACCCAGACCACUUCAUUGAGCUGAAGUGGUUUGGGUUCCUAAUAGUGAUCCUUUAAAUGUAAAAACAAGAGACUAGUCAUACUAGAGCUGUGUUGUAAAAAUUUUACAGACACGCUUUAAAAAACUAAACAAAAAAAAAACUUGUCUUUCAAUUUGGGUUCAAUUUGAAAAUAUUCAGAGUUUAGUAAGUACCUUGUCUGUGUCCAGACGUCUAUUUAGGUGCCACAAUCUUUAAUUAUUUUGUGUGGCAGUGCAAGUAGAUUGCCAUGACGGAUAAGUAGAUUUGGGCUUCCGCUUCAGUUCCUUGGAAAAGUAGAUUUAAAAAUGUACACACCUCUGUAAUUACUUCCUACUUUUAAAAGACCACUAUAGGCACCCAGACCACUUCAGCUUUAUGAAGUGCUCUGGGUGCCAGGUCCAGCUAGGGUUAACCCCUUUUUUUUUUUAUAAACAAACUGCCAUGUUUAUAAUAAGGUUAAUCCAGCCUCUAGUGGCUGUCUCUUGUGACUGCUUUCCUAUGGACUGGCUGAAUGUGCGCGCGAUGACGUCGCUGAGGAAGAGGAGAGCUCCCCGCCCGGCGCUGGAGAAGAGGUACGUUUAACCCCUUCCUCCCCCUAGAGCACAACUGUAGUGCCAGGAAAACGAGUGUUUUUCUGGCACUAAAGUGGUCCUUUAAAGGAUAAUGUAGGCACUGUAACUUCAUCUCAUUAAUGUGAUUAUGGUGUCUGAAGCUCCCUGACACAACUUUUUCAUUCAGUAAAAGACUCUUUUCAAAUGUCUGGGUCCUCAUGCUCUCUCUUUGGGUUGGCCCACCACUGUUAACUGUAGCAAUCAAACCGCUCACAGACAAACGUGGCAGCUUGCUAGCUAAAAGAAAUAACUAAAAGCACCAGGAGACAUGUAAAUAAAAACUGCGUAGUUGACCUAAAAUAGAGGUUGAACAUCUAAUGACUGAUGUCACAAUGGCUAAAAUGGAAAAAAAAUUGAGGGGAAAAAUAAAUAAAUAUAAAUAUAUAUAUAUAUAUGUGUGUGUGUGUCCAGUCCACCACUGUUGCUGUGUAUUUGGGACAGGCCUUUUUUUCCAGGACUCCAGCUCUUCAACCCACUUAUGUAAUUCCUAACUGACCAUUGAAACCACUAACCAGCCAAGACCCUAACGACUCUAUACCCCCAUGAACUACAUGCCAGCUUGACAUUGAUUCCUGUUGGCCAAAAUAUGCAUAUCACUGAAACUGUUUUUCUUAAAGGGACAUGCAUCACUUGUUUUUUUUUUGGUUUGUUUUUUUUUAAACCAGCAUGCGAACACAUUUAAACAAAUAUAUAAGGCUUUGAAAAGUAUAUAAUAAAUGUUUAUAAAUAUACUAUAAACUUGGUCAUAUUGAAUUAUUGGGCCUCUCAGCUAGGGAAGUUUCUUCAGCCCCCUCAUCCCCUCUGUUUCAGAUCUUUCCACUAAUGACAAAAACACGGCAUCGUUGUGCAAAAGCAACAAGCUCCUCAUUUUUCCUGAAGGGACUGGCACAGCAGGGAGAGAAAAGCCAGACACUCAAAACCUGCUCUGCAUAAAUCGCACUGAUGAGACUCCCUCAGACGUCUCCACUGUCAGGAUUUUGCAAGGUGAAGAGAUCGUCCAUGCAUACUUACCUGUUUUUUUUUUCAGCGUGGAGAGUGAGGCAUUUUCAGUAAAGCUAUUCAAUGAGACAUUUGUCUCAAAGUGAUACAUGUCCCUUUUAAAGGCUGAGCGAGUCCGCUUCUUUCUUGUUAUCUUGGAUAUUUAACAUUUUCUCCUAAGAUUCCUCUCAGGUGUUUUCCAUUGGGGUAGUUUCUUGGUCAGCUGAUACCUCCUUGUUCUUUGACUCUAUUCUGUCCAAAGUGUAUUGUGUGGUCUUCUAAUCAUAGUACAAUUUUAAUAUCUGCACUUUUUAUUGUAUCACUUGUGAUUUUUAAGAAUUAAUUUGAGCCAUCCUACAAAAGGACUCCCUUAGGAAGGCAGAGCACGCCCUUUACAAUCAAGCCCUUCUUGCAGCCUAAAUACUUACCCUACUCGUUGGAUUUGAGCAUGAUUGACAGAUUGGCUGCAGGAGGACUGCCUGGCUUGUCAGGCAGAUCCCCAAACAUAUAAAUAGUAAAAUAAGUUUUGUUGAAAAAUACAUUUAGAAUGAUGUAUUUCAUAAAUGUAUACAUUGGGGAUAUAUCUUAAUAGAGCUUGCAAAGGCUGCAAUUCUUAUAAACUGCAGCCUUAGCAUGCCCUCCCCUUUUUGCCCCUGAUAGAGACUCACAGGGAAAAAGCCAGUAACACACACGCAUGCCGCCACGUGCACAAGCACGUAACAUCUUGUGCAAGUGCACAUUAACACCUGUACACAUCUGGUCCGUCGUCUGGAGAGGAGGUCUGUGAGGUAGGGGGAGGCUGGCAUGCUCAAGUAGUGCGUGCCUGCCACUUCUAUUAGUUCAGGGGUACUAACAGAAGUAGAUAGGUAUCCUCCUUUGCUGUUUGAUUGCCAGGGGGCUACUCCCUAGUUAAUUUAUUAAAAAAAAAAAAAGUCAGCACUUAUAUAAACUGAUGUUAAACUGUGAUACUCCACACACAUGAAGCACUUCAGCAAGUGGUGUGGAGUGGUCCUUUAAGCUGUAGUGGUUCUGUUACCCUAUGUUCUGUUUCCGGCAGGUCUUCAGAGAAGCUGAAGAUAGCGUGCUCUUACGCCGCCCAGAUAAUCAGCAGAAUACGUAUAGCUAUAGGCAGAUACCAAUAUUUGCCAUAAUGCUAAUUAUCGCUAAGAACCGAUAAUCAGUGGAUACCUAUUCUGUAUCUGUUACACCUCUUGCUGGCUUUCCACUCAUAGUAGAAUUAAAUGCAAACCCUGGCCAAUAAAACUCUUAUUAAAGUCGUUUGCCACUGGCCGUUUCCACUAUUUAACAAAUAUACUCCAGUCUGCAAUGUAAGAUCUUAACCUGCUUCUUGCAUCUUCUGUUAUCACCUAAUCUUUUGCUAGACUGCAGGUCUUCUGUUGUGCGGGACCAAUUUUGUGGAAUGAACUUCCCCAUGCUAUUAGAUUUCCCAUAGCUUGCCAUCCUUUAAGUGCUCCCUAAAGGCAUUUUUGUUCAGGAAAGCCUACAGGAAAGGAACACAUUCCAUUCUUAUCUUUGCAUUCCACAUCUUCUAUUUCUCACCCUUCCUAUCCAUCUAGAUUGCAAGUUUCCUCAGAAAUAGGUCCCUAAACUCCUUCUGUGUUUGUCAAAUUUUGUGUUGUCUCAUAUGUAUUGUACCUUUUCUUGUUUGACUUGUACCAAAUCUACCCAUGUACAGUACUGUGGAAUGAGUUGGCACUUCAUAAAGUUUAAUUGCCUUAUGUCUUAUUGCUGUGCUCAGUUUUAUUCCUCCUACACAGCUGUUUCAGUCUCCCUGCUAGUGUAAAAUCAUAAAAAUAAAAGUUAAUAAAAAAAAAAAAUAAUUAUAUGUGUGUGUGUGUAUGUAUAUAUAUUGUCAUACUAAGUGUAUUUUUAUAUUAAUAUAAAAAUACUUAUAAUUACACACGUGUGUGUGUGUGUGUGUAUAUAUAUAUAUAUAUAUGUGUAGUAUAUAAAUAUUAUAAAAUACAAAUAAGUAAUUUAAAUUAAGUAAAAACAUGUAAAAAUAAUAAAACAUUUAAAAUAUAUAUCUAUAUGAAAUGUUAUUCUAACUGUAUUUUGAUAGUAAUAUAUUUUAUAUCAAAAUACACUUAGAAUGAAAUUGUAUAUAUAUCUAUGUGUAUAUAUAAAUAAAUAAAAAUAAUACGAAAUACUUAUGUCCAUAUACAAAAUUACAUAAAAAUAUACACGUAGACUUCAAAUAUGUAAAUAUGCAUAUAUAUUUAAAUUCUACGUGCGUAUUUAUGUAAUAUUUUUACAUAAUUAAGUAAUUUUAUUGAUUGCAAUUUGAGGGACCUGCCUGCCAACCCAGGCCGGAAGUCCAGAGAAUUUAAUUUGCUAGCACUAUAUUUUGCCCUGUAACUUUCUAUGACACCCUAAAACCUGUACAUGGGGGGGUACUGUUUUACUCGGGAGACUUCACUGAACACAAAUAUUAGUGAUUCAAAACAGCUAUGAUAUUGUCAGUGAAAGUGACUCUUUUUUUUGCAUUUUUCCCACACAAACCGCACUUUUACUGAUGAUAUAUUUGUUGUGAUACGUUUUCCUUUUUGAAACACUAAUAUUUGUGUUCAGCAAAGUCUCCCGAGUAUAACAGUAACCCCCAUGUACAGGUUUUAUAGCGUUUUUGAAAGUUACAGUGUCAAAUAUAUGGGUCAAAUAUUUUUACAUUGAAAAAGGCCAGGUUGGUUAUGUUGCCCUUGAGAGCGUAUGGUAGCUCAGGAAUGAGAAUUACCCCUAUGAUGGCAUACCAUUUGCAAAAUAAGACAACCCAAAGUAUUGCAAAUGGGGUAUGUCCAGUCUUUUUUAGUAGCCACUUAGUCACAAACACUGGCCAAAAUUAGCAUUCAAUUUUGUUUACUUUUUUCACACACAAGCAAAUAUGAACGCUAACUUUGGCCAGUGUUUUCGACUAAGUGGCUACUACAAAAGACUAGACAUACCCAAUAUUGAAUACCCUGGGUUGUCUACUUUAAAAAAAAUAUGUACAUGUGGGGUGUUAUUCAGAGAUUUAUGACAGAUAAUAGUGUUACAAUGUCACUAUUGAUAAAUUUUAAAAAUGUAUGUUUUGAAACCGCAAUAUCCUACAUGUACCUAUAGCCCUAUAACUUGCAAAAAAAAAAAAGCAUGUAAAUAUUGGGUAUUUUUAAACUCCGGACAAAAUUGUGAAUCUAUUUAGCAGUUUUUUAAAUUAGCUUUUGUAGAUGAAUAAAAGUCAAAAAACAUGUAUUUUUUUUUUAAUUUUUCAUCAUUUUUUUUCAAUUAAAUUACAUGAGAUUAUAUAAGUAAUGGUAUGUAAAGAAAUCCCCUUUUGUCCUGAAAAAAACAAUAUAUAAUUUGUAUGGGAACAGUUAAUGAGAGAGCGGAAAAUUACAGCUAAACACAAACACCACAAAAGUGUAAAAAGAGGCCUGGUCGCAAAUGUAGUCCAGUCCUUAAAGGGACACUGUAGUCACUAUAAGCAUUUCAUCUCUUUGAAUUGGUUAUAGUGCCUGGAGUGCCCUGGCACUGUCCCUCCAUUCAGUGUUGCACCAUGUUCGUGCAGUAUGCCACAAAAUAAGAGUCCCUGGCCACCCACAGCCUGGCCCCUUCAGUAUGUGUAGCUAAGGCAGAGAUUACACACUCCCUUGUUGUCAUACCCAUUCAUACCGUCGGUUGGAACUCUGACAGGCUAAAAGCAGUCAGCUGACACUCCCAGCCAAUCACAGCUGCCUAUUGCUGCUCAGGCUAAUACUUCCUUAUUAGCCAAAGCAGCACAGAGGGGAUGGAUUGCCAGGGACUUUUGUUUAGCAUUAAAACAUUAAAAGUUUAAAAACUGUUUAAUGCUGAAAGAAAUGAUGGUACCAGAGGACUCCAAACACUAUAACCAGUUUAAUGAGAUGAAGCAGAUACAGUGCCUACGGUGUCCCUUUAAGGGAAAUUUUUGGUAUAAUUGUUCAAUCAUACACCUGACUAUGCCUACAAUAUCCCCUGACUUUGUGCAAAUGUACCUAGAAGAACUGAUGCUGUUUUUUGAUUGCAAAGGGUGGUCACUAAAUAUUGAUUUGAUUUUAUAUUUUAUUCUGUUCACUCGCUUUGUAUUUUUAAUUGAUUUAAAAAAAAAACUCCACUAAAAAAAACACUUUGUUUUGAAAGCAAUCUUUCCUUUUUUUUUUUUUUUUUUAAACACACACACCCACACACACACACAUAAUAUGAAUGUGUAUCUUUUAGUUAAAUUUAUAUAUUAAAGCCUAAAAAAAUUAAAGUUGUCUGGCUUUAAAAUUGCUUCUGAAUUCCAGUGGAAUGUCUCUGGCCUCUUUUUGUAAUAUAUAGAAGGUAGUAUUUAAUAUUUAACAUAUGUAGUGUGAAGUUUUUUCAUUUCUUACUUGUUUGUCUUCUCUUGCAGGAUAGUUUGGACUUGUGAAAUGGAAUCUAAUGCUGGGGAAGAGGGCAUUCAUUUUCAAAGUUAUCCAUUUGAUUUUCUAGAAUUCCUGAAUCAUCAGCGUUUUGAACCUUUGGAAUUGUACAACCACCAUGAUCAUGCCAAAGCAGUAACGGCUAUUCCUGGCCCUUCAACCCAGUACGAUUACUGCAGUCAAACACAGUCAAAUCACACUCAGUUUCCCUGUUCCUCCAAGCUAAAAGAAUUUAAAGUAGAGAUCCCUUCCUCAUCAAACACCAGUUCUGUCUCCAAAAAGUCAGAGCCAACCACCACACAGCAAUUUAACAACCAACUUACUUUCCCAAAUACGCAGACUAUCUUUGAUGGAACAUUUAAUGCUUCACAGUGGGGAAUUGUAGACCUCUCCAGCCACCAGCAUCUUUUUAGCAACUUAAAACGUAACGUACCAGGUGGUCAACAGCAACCUGCAGAAGCUGAAGUAAAAGAUGAUAAAAAUUAUUACUGUCGGCUAAAGUAUCUAAUUGACCAUCGCUUUCCUUGUACAAUUUGUCAGAAAUCUUUUAAGCAGUCCUCACAUCUAGUACAGCAUAUGCUAGUUCACACUGGUGAGAGGCCCUAUGAGUGUAAUAUAUGUGGGCGCACAUAUAACCAUAUCUCAAGUCUUAUUCGUCAUAAACGCUGCCAUAAAGAGGAAACUGGGAUUGAAGCAGCUAAUUCGUUGUCAUCGCCAGACAGAGAGACGGCUGCAGCAGCAGCUGUAGUUGCAGCAGCAAUGACCGAAACCACAGUGGAGCCUUCUGAGGUAUCUGUAACUAAUAGAGAACAGUCAAUUGCUAUACAGCAGGAUGGACCAUUUACAUGCAGUCUAUGUUGGAAAGUGUUUAAGAAACAAAGCCACCUUCAACAACACCAGAUUAUACAUACUGGAGAGAAGCCAUUCAGCUGUAGUGUGUGUGACAAGAGCUUCAAUCGUAGAGAGAGUUUGAAGCGUCAUGUGAAAACUCAUUCUGAUUCCAUAAAAGUGCAGUGUGAGGUGUGUGGAAAAGCAUUUCGUGAUAAUAGCUACUUACUUAAACACCAAGCCACACAUACUGGUGAGCGGCCAAACUAUAAAUGUGACUUGUGUGGCAAGACAUAUGCAGCACCCCAGAGCCUUUUACGACAUAAGCAAGUGCAUGAGCAUGGUAUUCCUCAACAGUCCGUUGAUCAGCCAGUAAAAGAGCCUGUUGCUCCAGUCACAUUUCAGUCAACAUCAGUUCUACCCACAGAUGUUGCCCAAAGUGGUCCAGCAACUAUUAGUGUAAAUGAAAAAAAUGGGUCCGCAUUUGACCCUACAUCAGUAAAAGCACAACUAUCUCUCCCAAAUAGUCCAAGCAAAACAUUCUGCUGUGCUGUAUGUGGCCGUGGUUUUGGUAGAAGAGAGACACUGAAACGUCAUGAACGCAUUCACACAGGAGAGAAGCCCCAUCAGUGUGCAGUCUGUGGCAAACGUUUCCGGGAAUCCUUUCAUCUCACAAAGCAUCAUGUUGUUCAUACUCGAGAACGACCAUACAGAUGUGAGUUGUGUAGAAAGGUUUUUGGAUACCCACAGAGCCUGACUCGCCACAAGCAGAUCCACAGAAUUCAGAUGCCUUGCAUGGUGCCAACUUCAUCCCUACCAGCUGAUCGACUCACUUUUGGUUGCACAGAUUGUGGUGAGAGGUUUCCAGACUCCUUCCAACUUAUGAACCAUAAAGAGUUGCAUAUGAGUGAGAAACCCUAUGUGUGUGAUACAUGUGGCAAAUGCUUUGGUUUUAUUGAGAACUUGAUGUGGCAUAAACUGGUGCACCAGACUGCCCAAGAACGCCUCCUUCCUGUAGGUCAGUGUCAAGAAACUACAAGAAACCAGCAGGUAAACUGCAUGGAUAAUUGUCUUCCAAAUGACAUGGUUUCUGGAUCAGUCGUUGCAACUGCUGGAGUACUGACUUCCACAUUUGAGGAACAUCCUAUGAUACAUAGUGUUGAGAGGUUCUCUUGUAGUAUUUGUGGUCAGAGUUUCAAGCACUUCUUGGCAUUAGUAACUCAUAAAUAUGUGCACUUAGUGCGACGCACUCUAGCAUGCAAUGUCUGUGGUCAGAACUUUGGUGGAGCCUAUGAUCUGUUACUUCAUCGCAGAACUCACUUGCAGAAGCGUCAUUUUACUUGUUCUGUGUGUGGAAAGCGUUUUUGGGAAGCAGCCCUACUAAUGCGUCACCAACGUUGUCAUACAGAAGAGAGGCCUUACCGUUGCACUGUUUGUGGGCGAGGAUUUUUGCAUUCUUGGUACCUCCGUCAACAUAAAGUAGUACACACUGGGGAGAGAGCUUACAAGUGUGCAUUGUGUAAUAAGCGUUUUGCCCAGUCAUCCAGUUUAGCAGAACAUCAACGGCUCCAUGUUGUUGCACGUCCUCAAUGUUGCCAGACAUGUGGCAAGACUUUUCGGUACCGCUCCAACCUUUUAGAACACCAAAGAGUGCACUUUGGUGAGAAGGUUUAUCGAUGUGAUCAAUGUGGGAAAAGUUUCUUCUACAUUUCUUCAAUUUUGCGUCAUCAGCGUUCUCACAAUGCUAAACCCGAACUUCGCUGCUCUUGUUGUGAGAAGCUCUUCAAGGACCCAAAGUAUUUCAGCAAACAUGUGCAAACCCACCAGGGUGGACGUCCUUUCAAAUGUGGAGCUUGUGGUGAGGCUUUCAGCAAUACUUAUGGACUAAAAAAGCACCGGCAUGCUCAUAAAAUGGAAAAACUUGCUGCUGCAACUGCCCUUGUUGAAAAAUAGAAAUAUUUAUCUUAUUCCUAUUUACCUGCAGUUUAUUGGAAAAUUUUCCAUCCCUUUUUUUUCCCCCCUAUUUCACUUUUCUACAAUUUAAUAAAUUGAGUCAGGUUAUUAGUAUUAAGUGGAAAAUACUAUCUGUGGAAAACCCCUUCAUUUAGGUAUAGGUAGAGAUUGCAGAUUCCUAACAUGAUGAGUAACAUUUGUGCUGACAGAUGUUUAUUAAACACUUUCACAUUUUGACUUGGAACAAAGAGAUUAAUAAGCAUUGUGUUUAAAUGCUAUUAGAAUUAAUCUGUUAUUUAGCAGUGUUAAACCUUUACAUUCUAAAAUAUGAAAUAACAUUCACCUAAAAAAAUAAGAAAUUAACAAAAUAUGUUUUUGGAAGAGGCACAUUAAAAAAGAGGGAGAAAUAAUACUGGUAUGUUAGUUAUAAGUUGUUUUUAUUAUAAAAAGAAAUGUGAGGAGUGUGUUUUAUAGUACACAAACUAUAACCUGAUUUAAGAUUUGCAUCUUUAAACAAAAAGUUAUGAUUCAAAAAAAUCACUAUUUACUUGAUAUACCUGAUUAAAAUAUGCAUCAUAUACAUAGGAUAUAUCUAAGUCUAAAAGCAGUUUGCAAAAUAUGCAGGUCGCUUGUAUGCAGUCUUUCCCAGCCCACAUAUUCUGCAGCUACUCAAUCAGUUUUCCCAAUGCAGCUCAAUAAAAAGUCUGUGCAGUGUAGGUGCUCUAUGUAAACUUUUUUUUUUAUUUUUUUUUUUACUGAGCUAAACAGCCAGGAAGUAACAAGAUUGUCUGAAAGUGUAGUAAGGUUAAUUGAAGUAGGAGUAUCCUAUUAUAAACUCAUUUGUAUGAUAAAUCUGCCACUUUUAAAAAUAAGUUAUGAAUCCCCCCGGCCCCUCCUACUGUCAAACAGCCAUGUGAGUGUGCUGCCUCCUGCUGAUGGCUCCCCUGAACUAACAGAAGUGGUAGGUGCGCUCUACUUGAGCCUGCCUGCUCCCACACUCAGAUCAGCAUCUCCAGCCCUUAGAUCAAACAUGCACACAAGUGCACCAAUUCUUUUCAAUAAGAAGUCUCUGAUUAAUUAUUUCCCUGUGAAGAGACUGGAGCUUGCUAAGGCUGCAACUCAUCUUUAUCUAAUAGGGAACAGAUAAUUGCUAAACAGCAGGAUGGACCGAGUAGUCUGUGUUGGAAAAUGUUUAAGAAAAAGAGCGCAUGAGUGCACCAAUUCAGAGGCUUUUCAGUAAAAAGCCUUUGGUUAUUUUCCUGUGAAGAGGCUGAAAGUCUCUUUUGGAGGGAAAAAAAAGAUUAAAGAGCUUGCUAAGGCUGCAGUUCUUCUGUAAAUAAUAGAGAACAUACAGUCGUUAUACAGGAAGAUGGAGUUUUGGCAAGCUUUUUGAAGAUAAACCCCAAUGACUACUACAUACAUGACAAAAUCAUGCGUGUAUUAAUUGGGUCUCUAUCUACUAAAAAGUGAUUUCUUAUUUUUGCUCAUUUUGGCAGUGGACUAUCCCUUUAAAAAUUUUACUAUUUGUAACACGAAACCAAGCUAAAGUGCUUUAUGUGUGUGAAUUGUCCCUUCAAGAAAAAUCAUUUGCAAAAACAUUAUCUGAUUAUUUAAAAAAAUAAUAACAAUAAUCCAUUAGAUUAUUUUUAUUCCUUAACAUCAGGUUGUUGUUCCUCAGCUCAGAUGCUAAAUUUCUAAAGGUAUUUACGAAACUCCCACACAGCUUGAAAAGCCCUUAUAUUUUAUUGGAUGACAUUGUGUUCUUAAUCAAAAUAUUUAGAUGGCACGUGGCCUUCUCAUGAAAAGGUUUAUACAACACUGAUUUAGAUAAGACAAAAUGGAAAUGUUACAGUUGCUUAUAGUCAAAAUUUGCCAUACAUUUUUAAUUCCAGAUGUUGCCAUGGGGGAACAUAAAAAUCAUCAUAAAAUCAAUGGUUAUAUUUAAACAUGUGAAUAUUUAUUGUUUUAUGGAUACAUCGAUAUGUUUUAUCAAGAUAAAGUGUUGCUUGUAGAGUUGUUAUUGUAAGAAGUCUUGAGUCAUAUUUUUAUGCAGUAUUUUUUAUAAGGCACCAACAAAGAAAAAGGUAGGUUUGCUUUUGGGGGGGUGGAGGGGAGGGAUUGGAUUUCUUUCCAUUUCUAUUUCUUAUAAUACUGCCGGCAUUAUCUUCGUCAGCACCCAAGAAUAAUUAUACUGUAAUUUAUUUAGGUCAAUAGUUUAACCAAUAAGGGAGUGGGUUUAAAGCAAGAAUUUGAUGUGAAGGGUCAUGAACUAUGGCUAGUUCUACUCCACCGUGUAAGGUAAGGUGGCUGGUUGAUAUGCACCAAAAUUAGCUUGACCCUACCUCACCCCACCCUUGGUACAUAGGAUCAGGUGGUAUUUAAAACAAACAAAUAGAAAAAAAUGGUGGGGGGAGGGGUUGCCCCUUCUUGCUCUGUGCAGUGGAUGCCAUAUGCUGGCAAGCAUUACUAGUAUAUUGGGAGUUUCGUAUAAUCGUUAUUGAAAAUUGUUCAAUACAAAAUGAACUGAAAAGAACAUAAAUACAGUUAAUUUGUAAUCUGUAGAAAAUAAAGUAAAUUGGAAUUUAGAAUGUCUGUUAACUUUGUUAAUGGUCCAAUGGGUACAUUGACUAAUUUGUAUUAUUUUAACUAGCUAUUAGAUAUUCUUUAGAUUCUAUAGAAAUAAAAACGACUCUCCUAGUGCAGCCUGGCAAGCAUGUUUCCUGAUUAUAUGUAUUUACCCCAGAAGUGUGGGAGCAGAGAAUCAUUAGAAAAAUUAUGCUCGGCCUGCAUUUGUGCACAGAGCAUCUUGAGGAAGUAGAUUUGUCCAUCACUUGGAAGUACAUCAAAGGUAAGAGUGUCUUAUAGUCCCUUUGUGUGCACAUUGCACACCAGUAAACUCUUAAUAGCAUUUACUAAGUACUCUUUUCUUAAAAGGGAAAGUCUAGGUUAAAACAUGCAUCUAUUUUUAUGUACAGUUGAAAUGAAAAAAGGGUGUUUAUAGUUUUUCUCAAAACUCCUACCUCUUAAGCAAGUUCAGUUUAGCUAAUCUAACCUCUUUUGUAAAUCAUUACCUUCAUUGUUCAUCCCAAGGAGUGUCCAAAUGCUUGAGCACAGACAGAGUUAUUCACUAAAGUGAGAAUUCCAAGAGAAUGUCAAAUUUAAGGCCAAAGUAGAAGCAUUUUCAAAGUCUGCAAUGAUUUCAGUUCAGAUUUUUUUUUUUUUUUUUUGGCCUUUCGUUUGAAAUUAACCUGGAUUUCUCACUUUAGUGAAUAAUCCAGAUUGAGUACAAGACUGUACUUUGGAAGUAAGACAUAAUCCUCUUAGAUUUAAAAGGAAAUGUUGCUUUCUGCACUGGAAAGUUUUCUUUACCGUAAUAGCGGUAAGGAUGUGUAAUUGUUGACAAAAUAGAUCUUUUUUUUCUUUUUUUUUAGGCCUGGAGGAUUUGUUUUAAAACCAUAUUAUAGGGUACAUUAAUAUGGGUGCAAGAGCAUAUUGAUCCAAUGCAAUAUCUGAUUGCCAUUUUGAUUGCUGUUUGUGGCACCACUGGAAAUGGUUUCUGUUUGCUUUUUUAUUUUUUUUUAUUUUUUGUGCUUACUUGAGGAUUAACCAAAGAAACAGAUGUGUAGAAGGUUGAGUUUGAACUUGAGUCUUUUCAAUCUUGAUAAGUAUAUUUUUUGUCAAUCGAGGCAAAAACUGACUUUAGUAAAAUCAGUGACACUAUUUUAUGAAUAAAAUGAAUAAUUUGGAAUACGUCCCAAAGUAUGCUUAUCGAUCAGUGCAGAUAAGUAUUUAUCUAAUUUUACACAGGCUACUUUGCACUAGUAAUUAACAGGGGAUUGUGUUUGUUAGAAUUGCUGAUUUAUAUUGUGCUCUAAGCUUGAAAAUUAAACCUUUAGGAAGUGUAGAGAGGCUGUGUAAGUCACAGCCAGAAUCUGGCUAGGUCUGCAAAAAUAAAGUAAUUUAACUUUUAAAUGGCAGAGAAUUAAGCGAAGGAAUGCACCAAAACUUCAUUAAGUUAGUUGUUUAGUACUUAGUGUUCUUAUUGUCAUGCCCUAAAUAUCAUAUUCUUCAUAUUUGUUUUUUUAAACUCUUUAAGAGGGCCUCCUUCCAUCUUCAUCUGGUGGAGGCCUCUUCCCUGGUUCUAAGAGCACAGAGCUAGGAUUCUUAUAAUAAAAACACAACCUGGGUGCUGCUUAUGGUGUAGUAAUACAAGAAUCUGGAAAUUUAAUCAUUUAUUGUAGCUGAAGCCACAGGGAAACUGCUAUUCUGCAGUUGAAUAACCCACCUUCAUGCAGCUGCACAUAGCGAACAGGCCUUGUAUGGUUCCCUUGUACAAUUGGGUAUGCACGGACCCUAAAAAUAUCCCCCACCAUAGCGCUAUUUUCAUUUAUAAUAGGCAAUUGGUCACUUGCAAGCUUUCUUUUUAUAAAUUGUUGUCGUAAUUACUAUUGAGGCAGUCUCCAUUGUUGUGCAUUUUAUUGUUGUUUAGUUAUUUACCACACCAUAACAAUAAUUUUUUUUUUUUUAAAUCACGGACUUCAACCAGUAAAGAACAUGUAAAAUAUAUACCAUUAUUAAUGAUUCAAACUGGGGUACAGAAAACACUGUUUUUUUUGUCACAGUGGUACUUCAGAGACAACAUAUAUAGGGUAAAAUAAUUAAGCAAAUAGUUGACAUUAAAGGGGCACUCCAGACCCUAAAGCACUUCUUUUAUGCGUGAAGAGUGUCUUAUUUUCUUUUGAUUUAAAAAAAAUUAUAAAAUACAGAAACUGACUUUUUUUUUUUUCUUCUUUUUUUUUUUAUAAAUGAACCUGGUUACAUCAAUCUCAGGUAACUGGUCCACUUGCUUUUUUGUUUGUUUAGCUCAACUUAAGCAGGCAAUUUUCACCCGCCGGGCUCUGGGGAGAGGAAAGGCGUUAUAAACUUACCUUUCUCCAGCGCCGGGCGGGGAGCUCUCCUCCCUUUCGGCUGAAUGCGCACGCGCGGCAAGAGCUGCGCGCGCAUUCAGCCGGUCUCAUAGGAAAGCAUUUGCAAUGCUUUCCUAUGGACGCUUGCGUGUUCUCACUGUGAUUUUCACAGUGAGAAUCACGCAAGCGCCUCUAGCGGCUGUCAAUGAGACGGCCACUAGAGGAGUUGAGGGCUGGAUUAACCCAUUUAUAAACAUAGCAGUUUCUCUGAAACUACUAUGUUUAUUUAAAAAAAAAAGGGUUAGUCCUAGCUGGACCAGGCACCCUGACCACUUCAUUAAGCUGAAGUGGUCUGGGUGCCUAGAGUGGUCCUUUAACAUAGGGGAUGUUGAAGUGUUAUACUCUGACUGCCUGUGCCAUCAUGCAGUGCAGAGCUGUAACACUCGAUGGCAUAGACGGUCAUGCAUUAAAAGUACCAGAUGGGAUCAAUCAAGGAACCCCAUGUAUCUUUGGAUACCUGAGGGUACCCUCUGUCACCUAGGACCACAAUUAGUGGCUUUAAUCUUAAUGAGCUAUGUGCAGUGCUUAAUGAGUGCGCAUGGCACUUUAAAUUACCUUGUCUGAUAAAUUGUGCUCAGCCACAGUGAUUAGGAGUCUGUCUCCAAAGUGUGAGGGAGUCUUUUGGAGUCUAAAAAGACUGUAGAGAGGUCAGCCUGCAUGCCCAUCUGCCCAGUUAUUGGUCUGGUUUCAAAAUCUGCAGCGUGAGACACAGUACAGGGUGCUCACAGAGCACCUGGGAAACGAGUAUACAUGAGGGCUUUUAUAAUAGAAGGGUACAUGUGGUCUGUAAAUUUCCCCAAAAUAAAAUGUGAAAAAACACUUUUUUUUUUUUAAUAUUUUGGUCAAGAUUUGUAAUAACAUGGUAAAAUGAAAAGUGUUAAAAUACUUUAAAUAGGCUGGGGGAUGUUCUUUCUGCAAAUAUAUUUUUAUUUUAGAAUCUGUAACUUCUACAAAAAGUCAUAAUCUCAGCAUGACAAAUUUGUUACAAUUUUACCUUUAAGCCAUAAUUCACUCAUUGAAAUAUUUGUUUAUGUCUUUUACAAAAUUAUUGAAAUCCUAGAAGUAUUGGACAUUUGAACAAUCAAG